AUGGGAUACAACGUGGGGACCGGAUACAACGUGGGGACCGGAUACAACGUGGGGACCGGAUACAACGUGGGGUCUGGAUACAACGUGGGGACUGGAUACAACGUGGGGGCUGGAUACAACGUGGGGACUGGAUACAACGUGGGGACCGGAUACAACGUGGGGACCGGAUACAACGUGGGGACCGGAUACAACGUGGGGACCGGAUACAACGUGGGGUCUGGAUACAACGUGGGGACUGGAUACAACGUGGGGGCUGGAUACAACGUGGGGGCUGGAUACAACGUGGGGUCUGGAUACAACGUGGAGACUGGAUACAACGUGGGGUCUGGAUACAACGUGGGGACUGGAUACAACGUGGGGACUGGAUACAACGUGGGGACUGGAUACAACACUGGAUACAACAUGGGGACUGGAUACAACGUGGGGUCUGGAUACAACGUGGGGACCGGAUACAACGCGGGGUCUGGAUACAACGUGGGGUCUGGAUACAACGUGGAGACUGGAUACAACGUGGGGACUGGAUACAACGUGGGGGCUGGGGACUAUUUUCUUGCUGAUGCAGCUCAUCCAUAA